GGCGGCGGCGGGCAGCGUUGCGAAGCGAGGAGCUAGUGGGUCGCUUUUCCCCGGCAUGUGUGCGGGGUUUGGUCUGCCCUGAGCGGGGCCUCUGGGCACGGAGCCUUCGCCAUGGGGCUGGGACUGGGUCUGGCCGCGGUACUGGCGGCUGCCGCGCUGUGCGGGUGCGGAGCGCUCGGCGGGCGCGUCCUCAGCGGUCAAAAGGUAUGCUAUGGUGGCUUCAAGCGCUCCUGCUACAAGAUAGCUUAUUUCCAGGACUUGUCCAGACGCGUGGGCUUUCAGGAGGCCCGCCAAGCUUGUGAAAUGGAUGGUGGGGCUUUACUGAGCUUGGAAAGUGAAGCUGAGCAGCAGCUUAUAGAAAACAUGUUACAGAACCUCACUAGGUCAGGCUCUGGGAUUUCCGAUGGUGAUUUCUGGAUUGGGUUGUGGAGAAGUGGUGAUGGACUGGCAACCUCCAGUGCUUGCCCUGACCUUUACCAUUGGGCUGAUGGAAGUAUUUCACCCUUCAGAAAUUGGUAUACAGAUGAGCCUUCCUGUGGAAGCGAAGCCUGUGUUGUCAUGUAUCAUCAGCCAACUGCAAACCCUGGACUGGGAGGGCCAUAUCUUUAUCAAUGGAAUGAUGAUAGAUGCAACAUGAAGCACAAUUUUAUCUGCAAGUAUGGCCCAGACAAUGUCUUAGAAAAAGAAUUAGGAGACAGAGCAGAGCCAGAUUACGGUAUUUUUCCAACAGUGCCAGCAGGAAAUCCAUAUGACACAAACAAACCAGAAGAUCAGUAUCAUGUAAUAGCUACUGAAACAGGUAUAAUUCCAAAUCUAAUUUAUGUUGUAAUACCCACUAUACCACUACUACUGUUAAUACUGGUGGCUUUUGGGACUUGCUGUUUCCAGAUGCUUCAUAAAAGGGAAGCAAGGAGAAACUGCUUCAAAGACCCAUCUCCAUUAUCAUCUGAAUGCCUUGCAGAAAGUUUAAAUUCCAACCUGUAAAGGAAGAACAAAAACAAGUCCGAACCAGUCCACACUGUGGAUUUCAAAGACCCCUAGGAAGGACAGUAGCAUGGAGGUAUAAUGAUUUACUGACUGAAAACAAAGCAAAAAUAACAUUUUGCAGUUGGGCUGUAUUAUAAUGUCGUCUGAGAACAUUAGCUUGGAAUGGCUUGAAAAUGCAAAGGAUCUACAAGAAUGAACUGUAAGCUCCCCCUUGAGGCAAAUGUUCAGAUCAUUUUUAUAUAAUGUUUGAGUAUUAAUUCAGUAACAAAAUAUGCCAUGCUAAAUAAAGGAUAUGUGUUUAUUUUGCUAAGAGAUGUAAGUCAGCUAGUUGUGAGUAAUGAAAUGAAAGCGCAUUUGAAAUUUUUAUGAGGGCAUAUCUACAAUGUAUAUCAAUUUUAAGAUAGAUUGUUUGUAGUUUAACAAAACCUUGUUUUCUUUAAUCUCCUAUGCAUUGUAACCUAGUUGAUGUAUUGUACAUGGAACUGACAAUUUUGCAGUGUAACAAUUAUUUAUCUUUGCAUAAAUGUUUGAUACAAAAUAUUUGUUUAGUAUUUAUUUGCGCACUUAAAACACUUUUUUGAUCCUCAGGCACAAAUUACAUUGGUAUACAUAAAUUAUGUUUGCUGGCAGAGUCUGCUGCCAUUUUCAACAUUCAUCUGCUGUGACAAAAUUCAAGGAUUCAAAAGUGGUUUGAUCUCAUGUAAUGAAUCCACUUUAUCAAGGAGUGACUACCAUAUCUUUUUGACUUCUUCGUCCAAGGUCAACAUAAAUCACUUGGCAAAUGUUAAAACAUUAAUGAGGUUCCUUUGAAUACAGUUCUUUGUGAUUAAGCAAAAUAUUUUUUACUUUUUCUGAGAGAAAAUAAGAAUUUCAGUAUCACAAUGGCAAGAGUAUAAGAAUAGCAUCAGUUGUUUCAGUAAAUCUAAGAAAUGAAGACUUUAGAGAUUAUUUAAAUAUAGUAGUUUUUCAGGAAUAAUGGAUCGAAAGGAAGACAAAUGGCUUUUCUUGGAAACAGCACUAAGAGAUUGAUGCCAGCGUUAAUGGGGUUUAGCUAGAAGAGUGAUAAUUGUGUUAAUUGGUAGAUCUAGAGGUAACCCUGAUUCAUUUAAAGUCCUUUAUAAAAAAAUAUUACUAAUAUCAUUAAUGUUAAUUCUCUUUGAUUCCUUAAGAGCUUUCUGUGCUAUUAGGAUGAAGUCUCGGGGUGCUAGCAAAAGCACUCUAGCUGAUUUGUUGGUGACAGUCUGGUGCUGUAUAAGAAAGGCUUGUUUUUGCAGCAGUUUGCAGCAAGAGUUCAAAAGCACAAGUUCGUCAGGCUUUCCAUUAAUACAGAUGAGGAAUUACUGCUGUGUGGAAGCUGGGGGAAGCUGGAUAGAUGUCACAGCAUAUUACGGUUUGCAAAGCUUGCGCUGUGCUUGCUGAAGUUGACUAUAGCUUCUGAAAUUCAGAGACAAAUGUUUAUCAAUUUUUUCUGGAA